ACAACUAGACUCAAGAGAGUUAAGAUUCUAUGUCACAGUUGACACAGCUCAAGAUAAAAAAUAAACAUGGGUGCCUGGUUCAGUUUCAACAAAGAUUAUAGAGUACUUUUACAAGGUCUCUAUGGAGCAGGCAAGACAACACUGUUGUACAGGUUAAAGUUUGGUGAUGUUGCUGCAACUAUACCCACCGUUGGCUGUAAUCCGGAGAUGAUUUACUGGCAAGGUUUUUCUUUGGUAGCAUGGGAUGGUGGUGGGAGAGAGAAGACACGUCCCCUCUAUCGUCAUUACUACGCCAACACAGAUGCUGUCAUCUACAUGAUUGACAGCAACGACAGAGAAAGAUUAGAUGAUGCUAUAGACGAGUUGAUGCAGUGUGUAUUAACUGCAGAUGAGCUGAGAGACACUGUGGUCAUGGUCCUGGCCAACAAACAAGACCUACCCAACGCCGUCUCAUCACAUGAGAUUGUAGACAGGCUGAAAAAAAGAUUGCCUCGCAUCUCACAGAUAACCACCAAUGUUGGUGUACACGAAGCUUUUGAUGAAUUUGUGAAACAAAUCAAAUUAAUGAAAGCUGGGAAGGCAGAGAGGAGUUACAUUGAUGUGCACAAAUCUAUGGAGGAAGACAGAACCAGGGGAGGGAAUUCAUUAAAUUCUAUCAGGCCUGAAUACCUCAAGAGUUAUCUUUCUUACUUCACGCAAAUUUUCUCCAGUGAGAAACAAAAAAAUAAUUCUGUAAAGAUGAGUGCUGGCAGGUCAGCAGAACCAGUGGACACUGUGACGUCAUCAAACACAGGAGACUCACAGGAAAUGGUCAACACAGACACUUUAAAUACAAACGUCCAUCAGAUCCUCAGCUGA